CUUUAAUAUUUAGUAGGGAAUAGCAACGAAUAUGAAGACUGAGCUAUUUAUUCUGUUGGUCAUCUGCAUUGCUGUAGCAGCAUCCGAAAAGUACUGUCCUCGACUGAGAGAUGACAAAUGCCCAGUGAAUUACAAGAAAAACGAUUGCUGCUCUCAAAACGACUGUGCUGAAUGGUCCAUCUGCUGUAAACUGCCUUGUGGCAACGUGUGCAAGCAUCCCAGUGACACUCCAACCAACGGAGUCGCACUAAAGGACGGAGAAGAAUGUGAGCUGGGUACCGUGUAUCCUCCAACGGGAUUUGAAUGGUUAUUUGGGAAAAAGGGAGGAAAAUAGAAUGGCAUAUCAAAAAUUGGAUUCAAAUAUCUUUGCAGAAAUCAACUUAAGUAGUAACUGACAAUCUACUUGAUUGAAAUGGCAUUUUAUGUGAAAACUUUGUUGUUCGUUUUAAGAUGGCUCAAUCUCCUGCAGCUUUUGUAUUAAAACUAUGCUAAUUAAAAAUUACAUCAUUGACUAAGCCUUAGUAACUUUUAUUAAGGUAUCUUUUGUUUAUAUUUCGUAAUUAUUGGAAUUGAAACAAUAUUACUUUCCUUCGCCCUGUUAUGCUAAAAUAAAAAUGGAAAAUGUUAUGACUGUAACAGUGUGUGGAAUAUUUGGAUGUGCAUUUUUAUGCCUCUUUAACGUCUAAUAAACUUGGAAAACAGAGUGAAGAAAAUCGUUUAUUGAGCAUUCUUCAAUGAGCUCAUUAUUCAAAGUUGUCAAAUGACUUCUUAUUAAAAAAGUGAAGAUCAACGACUGGUAUCUUUUGGCUACCUCCGUCUUACAUGCCACAUUACUCAAGGUAAUUUUUUUUUUACAUUAGCCUCCGAAAAGUAGAAAAUUUUACUAUGAAAAGAAAUCAAAGAUAAAGGCGGGACAUUCUCAAAUCCUAUGAAUCUUGAAAAGGAUUCGAGAUUCGAAAACUCGAAUCUUCAUGUAUUCUCCAUCAAUCGAGUCUUUCGAAUCCUAAACUAAAAAAUCUGAUGCGGACACUAGUUGACUUCCUUGUACAGAAUAUUAAAUUAUACGCAUUUUUUGUUGCAUUUUAAUUAAAUUUAUUUUCUCGAACUUCAUUAGAGAAAGAUUUCUCA